UUAUGGGCGUGAGUGCAGGUUGCUGAGCUCUGGGGAGGGAAGAUGGGGUUAGUGAUAGAGCCAGCAACUGGGAAACAGCAACAGGGGCAACCUGUGAUAGGGACAAGAAACCAGGAACUGCACUGAGGAGCCGGCUUGGACGAAACUUACAAGAGAAGUUUACUUUUCCUCUCUCCUGCCUUCACACAGGUAGUAACCUUGUUAAUCUGAACUUCCACUGGGCUGGAAAUAAUUAAAACGAACAGAGAACAGUCCAAGCCCAAUUUUAACCCCCGACUCUAGAAACAACAACAAAAGAUGCAUCCUGCUCAAGACAAUUCCUUUGUGAUUUAAUUUUGAGAAGAGGCCAGCAGCAGUUUAAAGUUGAGCCAGUUUCCACCUCUAUUUGUGGUGCCGACUGUGAUAGGAUCCGUGAGAAGGGAGUUGACCUACUUUACCUUUUGGCUGAAACCCGAAUUCCCAGUACAAGGAACUGAGCUCCGUGGCUACAUGAGGAAUUCCAGGACCAUCCUGGAGAUCGGCGUCCAGGGGUAGAGAGGUAUCCUGUGAUAUGUAGAGACCACUCUUAACUUUAAAAAUAAUUCCAAAAGUCUGAGUAAAUGGGAGAAUGGCAGGUCUACAGUUGGUUACACCUUUACCGGCAUCGCUUUGGUUGCUUAUUCCAGUUUUCAUUGGAUUGUUGCUUAGUGUCGUACUGGGGCUCACAGCAGACUUUCUAAAGAAUUGCUGCAAAUCAUUUUCAAAGGAUAAUGAAGGAGAUGACAGCAAAAGUAAAGUUCCUAGGGAGGCUGCAAGUCCACCUUCUAAACUAGAGUCCAGUUCUGGCCAGAAGAAGAUCAGAUUUACUGAGGACAUUUUGCUGUCCAAACUACCUCCUGAUGGUAGGGACGUUCACUUUGUGGUACCAAAUUUAAAACCAACUUAUAUACAACCAGGUUUCAACUGGACCUAUGAAGACACUGUGCCAGGGUUCUCAAGAGCUCAAUAUACUGAAAGAAAACAGGAGCUAUCCAAUGUACAUCAACACAGAGCACAGUUUGAUGAAAUCUACAAUCCUAGUUUUAUGAUGAAGCAAGUUACCCAAGGAGGAGGUCAACACAUGCUACCUCCAGGAAACCCAGGCACCCUGUCUGGGUCAGCUUGGGAAUUGAGGAGCCCAAAAACGAGUAAUGCACAAGGCUUAAGCAGUUCCACGUUUGAUCUUUCAAAUCCACAGCGUAUGCAAAGGUUUAAUUCAACGUCUAGUGUAAACAGCACAAUAUCUUCUUUGAUGGAUUCCCAGGGAAGCUCUCGAAGCGUAGACACACUUUCAGAUGACUUUGGAAAACUCAAUCUGAGACUGAGUUACAGACCAAAUGUGGAACAAAUCUGGAUCAACAUAGUACAGAUUAGAGACUUGUAUCUGCGCAGUAAACCUGCAGAAAAGGUUACUGUUUAUCUGAAAGGAAUAAUAACGUUAGCAAAGCCUGUGCACUUCAAAUCUUCUGUGAAAGAUGGUGCCAGUGAUUUGCUAUUUAUGGAAACCUUUGUGUUUAAUAUUUCACUGCCUAGUCUCAAAACACAUGGCCUGGUUAUCAAUGUUAUGACUCAGAAUCCACGGAAGAGGAUUAUUGGUGAAUGCUCAAUGUCACUUAGAGAGUUAAGCAAUGUGGAAUCCAACCUCUGGCUUGAUAUUACUCCACCUUCAAAAACAUCGAACUGCCACGCACUUCUGCAAGUAGGGACGUGUUUCCAAGCCAUCAGCAAUCGGAUCCAGCUGCAAAUCCUGGAAGCACAGAAUCUGCCAAGUUCUUCCACUCCUCUGACAUUGAACUUCUAUGUGAAGGCAAUAAUGGAAACCAGAGAUGGGCUGUUUGAUAAGAAGAAGACUCGGCCUCUGAAAGCUGUGAAUGGCCAUGUGAAAUGGGGAGAAACAUUCCUAUUUCCUGUUAUUCAGAAUGAGCUCCAACUCCAGAGAGUCACUUUCAACUUGAAGCUUUACAGUCGCAGUUCCGUAAGAAGAAAACACUUCUUGGGGCAGGUGGUGAUUGGAUGGGACAGCACUGGAGAGGCUUUGGAACAGUGGCAGGACAUGAGUGCAAAUCCAGAGAAGGUUGUUAUCAAGUGGCAUAACCUGAACCUCACCUGAGGUCACAGCAUUUUGCUGAGCUGAGCACAUCCCAACCAGACUCAAAUUGCAAAAAAGUGGAACUCAGCGAUGAACUGUGUCUUCAUAUCAUGUGUUUUAUAAAAAGAUUCAUUGGGAAUAUUAGCAUAAUGUUGCAUUCUUGACUGUAAAGCUCUGGACUUUGUUGGCCACUGAACACUACUGGAAAUUGAAACUUGUUGGAGGGCAUUAUGGGACAGGGUGUUUGAAAAGCAUAGCCUGUGGAACAGUCUUCCUGCCUUGUGAUGUGUGCCAGACUGUGUAAUGUACAAAACCUAGUACUUAGCAUUGUCUUCAUCAUUGUAACUUAUGUCAAUGUUAUCUUUCUUCAUUCAUAACUCCACUUUAAUAAUAAUAGACCAUUGCAAUAGUAGGAUGUACUUCAGUGUAUAUAAUAGGGAAUGUCCACAGCUUCUAAUUGUGUAUUAUAUACCUACAUAUUGUAAAUAC